CGCACUAGCCCACGCCCUGCCCCGCAAGAUCUCACUCCAUCCCGGCCUGUGGCAUACCUCGGCACCCCCUUGCACGGAAUCUGAGCGUGAGGGAAUCUGAGUGUGAGGGAAUCUGAGCGUGAGGGAACCUGGGCAGUGCCGCGUAGUGCGGCGUGCGCGGACGUGCGCGGACGUGCGCGGACGUGCGCGGGCGUGCGCGGGCGUGCGCGGGCGUGCGCGGGCGUGCGCGGGGCGUGCGCGCACGUGCGCGCACGUGCGCGCACGUGCGCGGGCGUAGUGCCGCGUGCGCGCACGUGCGCGGGCGUGCGCGCGCGUGCGCGGCGUGCGCGGGCGUGCGCGCGCGUGCGCGGCGUGCGCGGGCGUGCGCGCGCGUGCGCGGCGUGCGCGGGCAGGGCGCAGGCAAGUGCCUGAGGGUAUGGGGGUGGGCGCCACCCUGGGGCUACCCAUAGCAUCGUCGGCUCAGUGAUGGGUAUCCUUGCCGACAGCUCGACGACAGUCCGUGUCCGCGACUCGGCGGGCGAUGAGUGGCGCGACUUGGUCAAUUUCCCGUACGGCGAGGAGGGCAACAUGGUCGAGUUUGCAGGCACGGUUUCUUCUUUCAAGUCGGUGCUCGCCCUCUCGACGCUCGGCCGCGAGACGCAGGCGCUGGAGGUCAGCGUCAUGUCUGCUCCCGGCAGCCUGCUGCUCGAGAGCAUUCUCUCGGAGGACGAACAGUGCCUGGUUCUGCGCUGGCUGUCGGCACGGCACCUCACGCUCGUCUCGCAGGCGAGCAAGCGCUUCCGCAUCCUAUGCACGAGCGUCGCCGACGCGGCCAUCAUCGAGAUGCGGGUCGGCGACGUGCCGGUGCCACACCUGGAAACCACCUUCCAUCGGCUCGCGCGCUUGUGCGGCGUUCGCUUUGCGCCCGCAGUCUUCUACUCUGCGGCCAUUCGCACAGCCUGUGACUUCAAGACCGAUAUCAGUAUCGAGAUUGCUGCGAUCGAGAAGCUGCACGUGCUCGUGGGCGAUCAGCCGCUUGUCGACUCGUAUCCUGAAGAUGAUCCUGGGCGGCACUUUGAGUUUGGAGAAUGCGGCACGGAAUGGAUGAAGCAUGCCAUAACGCACACGGAGCAUAGUCGCAGAAAGCACAUCAAGCACAAGGACGUGGACGCUGCGAUGCAGUGCGGCGAGCUGUACCUCAGGCUUUCAGGCCUGCUGCCAUUUUGCUCAGACGGAGAAUUCACGCGAGAAUGGUACAAGACCGCAGCUGACUUCUUUCAAGAGCUCGAAUCGGACUUCCCGUGGAACGGAGCGUACUGGCUUGCUUUGACUCGCGAGGACGCGAUCGCCUAUGCCAUCCUUCACGGCUACCUUGAUGGCUUACAACCCGCAUCUUUUGCGAGCAAAAUGGAGUCGUUUGCGAGCGAAGUGGCGGAGGCUGACCCGGCAAACCUGCCGGCGGGCAAGGCGCUGAUCUUAGCGGUCGCCGAGCGAGUCAGCACUACGCUGCAGCCAUGUGCCAACCCCGUGUGCUGCCACCAGGCUUGUGACUGCCGACUGGCGAACCCCCAUGAUGCUUAUGCUGGGGGUCGUUGGAAUGGCGGACCCCCAUGGUUUCAUAAUCAGGAGCGAGGGGACUACGAUGCCACAGCGCUCGAAACCCUGGGGGGCACCUGCCUGCCCUGCGUGGGCGGCUGCCCAUCCGCGCGCUUCCUCCGCGAGGCCAACCGGCGCGUCCGCCAGUGGAUACGCGAGGGUACACGCCACCCGGAGCGGACCCUCGCCAAGAUCGACUUCAAGCUCGAGACCGGCGUCGCUAAGUGGUACUGAGGCCAAGCAUCCAAUGGCCAGUGUGCGCUGACGGCUUGAUGACGAGCCUCGCCUCGCGACCGGCGACUGUACUUGCUCUCACGACGCGUGCCACUCGCGCAAGUACCACUGUGCCGUGACCACACUGCGUGCCGUGACCUGUGCCUCUCGCCUCUCUCUUCGGGUGGCUAACCUAACCUAGGGGAGAGGGGCUGCUUGCUUACUGUUCAAAAAGUAACAAUACA